AACCCACACAUAACCUCACAAACUCACCCACUACCACUACUACAGUCUUUCUUCUUCUAGCCUUGUUUCUUUCUUUCUCUCUCUCUCUCUAUCUCUCUGCCACACAUCACACCCAACAGUCUCAGCAUAGCAUAGCAUAGCAUUGCAUUGCAGCAGCGGCAACUGCACCACUGCUCCUGCUUCACCCCGCAGAACAACGGGCAAAAGGGCCCAAAAAACACAUAAAAUAAAACAGGAUGGAAUGCAAAUCUACCAUUUUUAUAUCACUCCAACUUAAAUCUCACUGAAAGCUUGAUUUGAUGCUACCCCAAAAUACACACACCUCCCUUCCCAGCCAAAACAUAAAGUAAAAGAAAAGAACCCCAAAAAGAAACAAAAUAGCAGAGAGAGUGAUAACUCAUAAAAGGUUAGUGAGAGAGAAAGAAAGAUAGAGAGAGGACAGAGAAAGAGGGUCUCUUUCUUUUUGGAGUAUUGGGUCACACCCUCUUUUAGCAAUGCCAAAGUUACUCAACUACACCUCACGCUCUCUGAAAAUGCUGCAGCAGGCAUGAGACCAUUCAUUGAAAUCUUCCCCUCCUCCCUCCUCUUCCGACCCUCUCCUUCACUUCUUAGAUUUCUUAACAUUGCAAACAUCGCUUUCUUCCUAUGGGGUUGAUCGAUCUGAACACCACCGAGGAUGAUGAAGCUCCAUUAUCCGCUUCUUCUUCUUCUGCCGCUUCAUCUUCUUCUUCUCACUCCGGGAUAAGCACUUCUGCUUCCACCUUGGUUGGUCCUCCUCCUCCUCCGCCUCCUCCUCCUUCUUCCGUCUGCUUGGAACUGUGGCACGCAUGUGCGGGACCUUUGAUCUCUCUGCCGAAGAAAGGAAGUGUUGUUGUGUACUUGCCACAGGGACACUUUGAGCAUGUUCAGGAUUUUCCGGUCACUGCUUAUGAUAUCCCAGCCCAUAUCUUCUGUCGUGUUCUUGAUGUCAAGCUCCAUGCGGAGGAAGGGAGCGAUGAAGUAUAUUGCCAAGUGUUGUUGGUUCCUGAAAGUGAGCAAGUGGAGCAAAGGUUGCGUGAAGGCCAAAUUGAAGCUGAUGGGGAAGAGGAGGACACUGAAGCAAUGGUGAAGUCAACAACUCCCCAUAUGUUCUGCAAGACUCUCACAGCUUCAGACACUAGCACUCAUGGUGGAUUUUCAGUGCCUCGCCGAGCAGCUGAAGAUUGCUUUCCUCCUCUGGAUUACAGUCAACAGAGACCUUCACAGGAGCUCGUGGCUAAGGAUCUUCAUGGCCUGGAGUGGAGGUUUCGUCAUAUAUACAGGGGCCAGCCACGAAGGCAUUUGCUAACUACUGGAUGGAGUGCAUUUGUGAACAAAAAGAAGCUUGUUUCUGGAGAUGCUGUGUUGUUUCUUAGGGGCGACGAUGGAGAACUGAGAUUAGGGAUUCGUAGGGCAGCCCAGUUGAAAGGUUCUGGUUCCUUUGCAGUACCUACUGGUCAGCAAUUGAAUCCUGGAACUUUCAUGGAUGUUGUUAAUGCAUUAUCUACAAGAUGUGCUUUUAGUGUUUGCUACAAUCCAAGGUUUAGCUCUUCAGAAUUCAUCAUACCUGUUCACAAAUUCUUAAAGAGUCUUGAUUGUUCUUAUUUAGUUGGAAUGAGGUUCAGGAUGCGUUUUGAAACAGAAGAUGCUGCAGAGCGGAGGUUUACUGGAUUAAUUGCUGGAAUCAGUGAUGUCGAUCCAGUUAGAUGGCCUGGAUCGAAAUGGAGAUGCCUACUGGUAAGGUGGGAUGACAUGGAAGCUGCUAGGCACAAUAGGGUUUCCCCAUGGGAAAUUGAGCCAUGUGGUUCUGCUUCAAGUUCCAGCAACAUGAUGGCAGCUGGUUUGAAGAGGACCAGGAUUGGAAUGACUUCAACGAAGAUGGAAUUUCCUUCUCCCAAUGGGAUUGGAACAUCAGACUUUGGGGAAUCAUUAAGGUUCCGGAAGGUCUUGCAAGGUCAAGAAAUUUUGGGUGUUAAUCCUCCCUUUGAUGGUAUUAAUGCUCAGAGUCCCCGGUUAUAUGACUUAGGGAGGUACUAUAUUGGUCCAAACUGUCCCGGGAUUCCCCCAACGGGAAAUAACAUCAGAAUGCAGCAUGCAGCAUCUGAUUUUUCCUGCAAUGGCACAGGCUUUAGUGAAUCUUUCCGGUUCCAGAAGGUCUUGCAAGGUCAAGAAAUUCUUCCAAGUCAACCAUAUGGAAGAGCAUUGUCAAUAGAGGAGGCUCGAGCUAAUGGUCGCUUGGGACAUUUUGAUGGUUAUCAGUUGCUUAACUCCAGAAAUGGGUGGUCUGUACAGAUGCAUGACAAUGCUCCGCAUUUGCAUGCAUCCGUUACACCUUCACAGGUGUCAUCUCCAUCAUCUGUGUUAAUGUUCCAGCAAGCAGUUAAUCCAGUUUCUAACAGUGAUUAUAAUAAUAAGAAACAUAGUAAGAUGUACCAAGGUUUAUGCGCAUCUGAAGUGAAAGCUAGAACAUUUGCAUCUCCCCCAUCUGAUGAUCUUACUUUCUCUAGGCGAGCUCCGGAAAGGGCUAGUUCUUUAGGUAUGUUUGAUGUUCGUAAUCAGUUGGGUAGUUCACAGUCACACAAUUCUGUGUCGGCCCUGAGAAACAAUCAAGAGUUGGUUUCCUCAUGUAAAAGUAGUUGUAGACUCUUUGGUUUUUCAUUGACUGAGAACACACAUGUUGCAACCAAAGAGGUUGAUGCCUCUACCAUCACUUUACCAAUUAAUGCUGGACCUUCCUUUACUAGAAUUGUUGAAGAUGAGUUUCAUCCUAGCAGGACACUCCAGAGCAAGGCGGUUGGAAGUAACUGCACAAAGGGUGUGUUGCAGUAUUGAACUGUGUGCCAGCUAAUACGACUCACUGGAAUUGAUAAGCUGAAGAGUUGGUCCAUUGUUUGCUCUGGUUAUGUGCUUUGCUAUAAUAUAUCUUUGGAUUUCAGUGACGAGGAAAAUUGUUGUUUGCUUGAUUUAGUUAAUUUUAUCUAAUAUUGGCUAAUGACCAAAGUUGAAGUACUUGUGUAUUUAUGGUUUGUGCAUAGGCAAUGUGACCUGUACGAGAAUGCUACUCGAGUAAAAACUAUUGUGGUAAUACUAUGCAUCUUUAUCCAACCCUUUGAAUGUAUUUAUUAAACAUCUUUAUCAAGAUGUUGAACUUUCA